UCAAGUCCAGAGCUAGACCUGUUUGUGUCUGCAUAUCUGUCUCAGGCAGAGCCUGGGUCUGUUCCGAAUUACUGGGCAUCGCUGAAGACCAGAUGAUAUCCAGAGGAAGAGACUGUAUCUGGUGGAACGCUCCUGUAGGGUUGUUUCCUCACUGAACUGAGGUCUCCUCCAUCAGACUGGCAGCCAGUUGUUAGUGGGGCGUGCCUCGUCAGACUCCCUGAGGGCGGGGCUGCGCUUCGCCUCAUGCUGAUCUCCGUGAAAGCCAGGGCUGCAUCCUCCUCUCCCCUUGCCUCCAGCUGCCAGUUUCAAGAUGGCUUCUUCUUCCUCUCCAGACCUUGCUCAGCAAGUCCUAUCUCCCCAGGUCUCUCCAUUGAGAACGUGUACCGGAAAGUGCGGCAGCGUGAAGGGGAGUCUCUGUCGGUGCAGUGCUCCUACAAGAACCUCCGGAACCGUGUGGAGGGCAAGGCUUGGUGCAAAGUGAAGAAGAAGAAGUGUGAGCUGAACUUCACCCGGGGCUGGGUGAAGGGGCCCAGCUACUCAAUAAGGGAUGAUGCCAAGGCCAAGGUGGUCUACAUCACCAUGGAGGCCCUCAGGGUCCAGGACUCCGGACGGUACUGGUGCAUGCGUAACACGGCUGGGAAUCUCUACCCCUUGGUGGGUUUCCAGCUGGAAGUACAUCCAGCCCUCACAACUGAGAGAAACACUCCUCCCACGCAUCUAACCAACACCUUGGAGAGUGGAUUUGUCACAACGGGCCAGGUCCCCAUUUCAGGCCCUCACAACCCUGUCACCUCUGACGUGACUGUGUUCACAUCUGGACUCCUCACCUUGGCCUCAGGGACCAUCGCACCAACCCCUGUGACAAGCUACAGUGUCACCGAUACCAGUGGCGCCCUCACAGAGCCCGGGAGGAGCACAAAGUCCCGGCCAGUGACCGUGUCUCCUAGCAAUGCGAGACCCUUCUCUGCUGACCCAGUGACCACCUCCACCGUGUCCAGACACCUGAGCAGCGGCUUGUCCACCACGGGGAUGUGGCACCAGUUACCCCCCAACAGGUCCCAGGAGACUUACCUCACUGCGAUGGUGGUGGUGCUGACAUUCCUUCUUACGCCUGUGGUGUUGGUAAUGGGCUAUGGGUUUUGGAAGAAGAGGCACAUGGGAAGCUACAACUUGGGCAGCAACUCGGCUAAACCCUGGAUACACCUUCCUGAAGGACCAGAGACGCUGUGGAAGCCUGCUUGGUCUAAGAUAGCUCAGUGAUCUGGGAAGCCGAUUCCAGUGGGUUCAGAGGCCAGAAGAGGACCGAAGACAGGCAGUGACCCUGGGGCAGGAGGAUGCACAGCUGCCUUCCUUUCACCACGACCACUGUGUUCUCAGCUUCCCUCUGUUCCCUACAAACUUCUCCAGAUGUUUGGAGACAGGAGCCAGGACUCAUGAGCCCUCGAGGCAGCCAAUGUCUCUAGAGUCCUGUUCUGGAUGAGAAGGGACAGUGACUAAGGCCUGGGGACACAAAGGCAUUGGUAGUAGGAGGUCUCAGAGCUGACCAAGGCCACGUGUCUUCUGAUGUGCCCUGACUGUGGCUGCUGGCCCUUCUGUCCCGGAAGCCUGCAGAUCCCACAUGUCACUUGGUUCCUGCCUGCCAGCCCCUCUCAGGCCAGCGAGAGCCUUCAGCUACAGCAACAGCCUUUCCCAAGAUGGCUGCAAAGGCUGAAUGUGGACUCCUCCACUCCAGUUCUGGCUCCCAUGCUACAGUGAUGAACUCAUGGAGGAGACUGAGGGCACAGACUAUGCCUUGGGGUGUCUGUAGCCCCAUUAAGAGGGCCCCUCCUCCAGACAGUGGGGUUGGCCAUGGAGCAUUCAAGAUCACUUCUGAGAAAAGGCCACAUGGAGCUGCCCUGCUGAAAACAGCAGUAGAUGGAGGGUUGGUCUAGAGAAUUGAUACCAGAUUCUAGGAUGGAAAGAUGGGGAGACACAUGGACAUGCAGAUAUGGGGAGAUACACACACACACACACACACACACACACACACACACACACACACACACAGGGAGAGCGAGAGAGAGAGACAUACAGGCAGAGGAACAGACAGACAGAGACAGACAGAGAGAAAAGGAGAGAGAAAUCUGCCUCUGGGCAGCAAAGAACCUGCUAUGAGCCACCCUCCUCGUUGAGCAACAGGACCACUUCUCCAGGCAGGGGUGGAGCCCCUGGGGUCCAAUGGCCUACUGACUCUGUCUCCUUCCUAUACACAGCUCAGACUUGACCACUCUAUCUAGAUCAUUGGUCCAGAGUGGAACAGGGAUGACUGUGGGCUAAGGGCUGUGAGCCAUGGGCUAUGGGCUGUGGACUGUGAGCUACAGGCUGUGGACUGUGGGCUGUGGACUGUGGGCCAUGGGUUGUGGACUCCAGGCUAUAGGCUGUGGACUGUGGGCUGUGGACUGUGGACUGUGGGCUGUGGACUGUGGACUAUGGGCUGUGGACUGUGGACUGUGGACUGAACUGUCUCACUAGUAGGGAUGCACACUAGCCCAUGGAGGCUUGAAAGGUCCCUGAGCCAAACGCAGCAUCUACACCCUCAGCCCUGAGUCAGGGGCCCUAAUGGGACAACAAACGUCACAGUCAGGAGGGUAACACAGCUGGGCCUUGGUUCACACUCCAGGAUGGCUUUGAGGAGAGAGGAAGAGCAAAGGUGUAGCUUGGGGACAGAAGGGAGGAACUUCCAGUAGAGCGUGACAGCUCAGGCUGAGAAAGAAGGACAGACAGACAGAUCCACACAUACACACAGAUCUCUGGCUAGCAAGCAAUCAGUGCAGAGUCACCUCCCUAGUGGUUAUCUGGGGGGAUAAAGUCACACCACCUCCAGCGUCCCACCUCCAUUCCUGGCCCUGACAGCCCUGUUUCAUGGACGGCAGAUGGACAGACAGUCAGGCAUAAGAACCAGUGGUCCCUGUGUGAUCCUGAUCAAACCACUAACCCUAUUAGGGCCUCAGUUUUCCCUCUUGUGAAAGGGGACAAUGGUUCCUCCCUGUAAGGGGUGUUUGUGGGAUGCAGUGAAAUGACAUAAAGACUCUGCGACCCUG